AUGGCAACCGAAAAUAAACAAACUUAUUAUCUUUAUUCAUAUUUCCGAUCGACAUGCACGAAUCGUGUUGUGAUUGCCAUGCAUCUUAAGGGUAUUCCUGUUGAGCAUACCUACAUUGAUCUCGGCAAAGCUGAACACGAAAGCCCUGAAUUCCAGGCGCUGAAUCCAAGCAAAUCCGUGCCAAUCCUCGUCAUUAAGGAUGGCUAUGGGAACAAGACUGUUCUCACCCAAUCAAUCGCUAUUCUGGAGUAUUUGGAAGAAAGCCUGCCCACUCUGACACCACUACUACCUCAAAGUGGUGAUCUUGUGCAGCGUGCCCGGGUCCGAGAGAUGGUGAACGUGAUCACCAAUGAUAUUCAACCAAUUACCAAUGGGCGGGUCGCCAAACGAGUCCGCGCCAUUCGAGGUGAGGCCAAGGACCAGAUCAGUUUUGUAACGGACGUUUUUCUCGCUGGCCUGACAGCGUAUGAAAAACUGCUGGUCAAAUAUGGAGGGAAAUUCUCGGUGGGGGACGCAGUUACCAUGGCCGACGUGUGUUUUGCACCAGCGGUGGAGAUGGCGCUUGCUUAUGGAACCAAUCUGGAUGGGCUACCCCACAUCAUGGGAUUAUUUAAGCGACUCUGGGAAUUGCCGGCAUUUCAAAAGGGGCAUUGGAAGAGGCAAGGGGAUACGCCCGAGACCAUGAGAGACUCCUAG